CAUAGAAGCGUCACUGGUCCUGCACAACUCACUAAACACUUAUCUGAGUAACUUUUCUAGCAGCCCAGAUCUUUAUUUUUAAAAAACGAUCCUAGGAUAAUAUAACUAUUAAGAAACGUAUUCAUAUUGCCCUACCAGCCUCUUUAAUGCGUGCGAAAAGAUGUUGAACCCUUCUUCAAACGCAGAGUCUUCUCAUGUUGUGGUGAACUAUGUUGAGGAGUAUCUGGAGCUGGUCGAGAGUUUGCCGCUGGACCUACAACGAUGUGUGUCUCUCAUGAAGGAAACUGACGCCAGAUAUCAAGAGAUCCUCAAUGAAUUGGACGAGGCUUAUGAAAAGCACAGACAAGAAUCAGAUCCCAUGCAGAGGCGGCGUCUACUUCACUGCAUCCAGCGCUCUUUGAUCCGCACAGAAGAACUCGGAGAUGAAAAGAUCCAGAUCGCAGGCCAAAUGGUGGAAAUGAUGGACAAUCGCAGUCGGCAGCUUGAGUGGCAGAGUGAGCUUUUCCAGGCCUGCCAGGACUCGCCGGAGAGCACCGUGUCGGUGGGUAGCACCCCCAGUGCCAUAACAACCGUAACUAUGACACCGGUUUCUGCUUCGAUGCUCCCGGUCAGUAAGCCGAGUGUGGAUCGGAGACGAGAAGAGACCCCGGCUUCAGUUGACAAAUCUGGUGGAAAGCGUUCACGAAGGCAGAAAAAUGGUUCGGAGAACCGGGAAAAUUCCAAUUAUGGCAUGGAGCACAAUGAGGAGGUUGGUUCAGGUGUGCCGAAAGAGAAGAAGGCUAAGACCUCAUCCACGUCAUCGAAGAAGAAGAAGAGGUCGAAAAGCAAGCAGGACAGGGAGCCAUCGCCGACAGACCUGCCUAUCGAUCCCAAUGAACCCACUUAUUGUCUGUGUGAGCAAGUGUCUUAUGGAGAGAUGAUAGGUUGUGAUAAUGAUGCAUGCACUAUUGAAUGGUUUCACUUCUCAUGUGUCAGUCUGCACCAUAAGCCCAAAGGAAAAUGGUACUGUCCGAAGUGCAGAGGAGACAAUGAGAAGACAAUGGACAAAGCAUUAGAGAGGUCUAAGAAAGAACGAGCGUACAACAGGUAGCGUCAGGUGUACCUGGUUGCCAUGUGAUAUUUUUCUAUUCAGGAGUUUAGUAUCCAGUUUUGAGAGAGGCCAGGACCUGUGAUGUUGUUACAGACUAGAGUUGGUCAUUGGUUAGUAGCUGUAUCUUUUAGGGAUAUAUUUGAUAGGGUUCACUUAUCAGUUACCUAGUUAUCAAUGUUCUACAGCAUCGGAAGUAUUCUGCUCAUUCAACCAUAAGACAGUAUUGUAAUUCAUAAUUACAAAAGUGUAAUUCAUUUUUACUAUUUUCAAUGAUCAGUUUUGUAUUUAUGCCUUGCAUAACUCUACAUAUGUUCAUGUAAAAUAAACCAUGCUUAAUGUAGUGUUGUUUCAUGCUUAUAAAAAAAUCAGGCCUUAAAGGAAUAUUUCACCCAAAAAUGGAAAUUUCAUAGAAAUACAUCCAAGAUGUAGAUGAGUUUGUUUCAUCAUCAGAAAAGUUUUGUAGAAAUUGAGCAUAACAUCACUUGCUUACAAGUGGAUCCUCUGCAGUGAAUGGGUGCCGUCAGAAUGAGGGUCCGAACAGCUGAUAAAAACAUCAC